GUGGUCCGUGCCCGUCUCAACAAAACGGAAAAGACUCGUCGAACUUGGACUAUCAAAGAGGAGGAGACUCUCAUUAUUGCAUUGAAGGAAUUGGUUGCUCAAGGCUGAAAGUCAGAUAACGGCUUUAGAGGAGGCUACCUGAAUAAGCUCGAGGAUGCAAUGAAGCGCGUGUUCCCAGACACGGACUUGAAAGGAGUUUCACAACACAUCAAUUCAAAGAUAUCCGCCUGGAAGAAAAACUACAACAGCCUUUCGACAAUGUUAGGCAUCAGCGGGGUUGGGUUCAACGUGCACGGAGACCACAUGGUAGAUGUUACUAACGAGCAGUGGGAGCUAAUCGCGAAGAAUAUGAGGUACAAGUCGUGGCCUAUGCUUGAUGCAUGGAAAGAAGUGUUCGAUAAGGACCGCGCAACAGGUGACAAUGCCGAGGACCUUAUGGACGCUGCGCAGAACACUCCUGAUGGGGAUUACCACGUUAAUCUUGAAGCUGUGAUGGAAAAUGGUGUUGUUGAGGAGAGCGCCAGUCAAUGCAAGAGGAGCGAGGGGACUACAAGUGGCAUUAAGAAGAAGCGUAAAUAG